CCGCGCUCUCUCUGGCCCUGGCGGACCGCGAAGAUGGCGGCGCCCAUGGAGGUGGCGUUGGUGUCGGACGCCGCCGGGCCGCUUUGUAACUGCUCGGUUUGGGAGCUGCAUUCGGGUUCCGCCUUGCCCGGUUAUCGCGGUGGGAACACCGGACCGCGCGGGUUGGCGCUGCUGGGAGGCGAACACCUGCUGGGAGCCCAGCUGGGCAAGAGCUACAUCAACGUGUGGGAGCUGCAGAGGAAGGACCAGCUCCAGCAGAAGAUCAUUUGCCCCGGACCGGUGACCUGCCUAACAGCUUCUCCCAACGGGCUCUACAUCCUGGCUGGUGUUGCUGAGAGCAUCUACCUGUGGGAGGUCUCCAAUGGAAACCUCCUGGCCAUCCUGAACCGACACUACCAGGACCUCACAUGCCUCUGCUUCACUGAUGACAGCAGCCACUUUCUCUCGGGGGCAAAGGACUGCCUGGCGCUGGUGUGGAACUUGUACAGUGUUCUACAGGCAGAGCCCUCCCAGAUCCCAGACCCUCGCCACGUGUGGUCCCGACACAGCCUCCCCAUCACAGACAUGUGCUGUGGCUUUGGAGGACCUUUGGCACGAGCUGCCACCGCGUCCCUUGACCAGACAGCAAAGCUGUGGGAAAUCUCAUCCGGGGAGCUCCUGCUUUCAGUCCUGUUUGAUGUGGGGAUCAUGGCUGUUACCCUGGACCUCUCAGAGUAUCACAUGUUCUGCGGUGGCAUGGAUGGAUCCAUAUUCCAGGUUGACCUCUGUGCCUGGCCAGUCCAGAGAGACCGGACCUUCCAGACAGAGCGGGAGAAUGGGAAGAUCUUCAAAGGGCACAGGAACCAGGUGACGUGUCUGUCCGUCUCCACGGAUGGCAGCCUGUUGCUUUCUGGCUCACAUGAUGAAACGGUGCGGCUAUGGGACAUCCAGAGCAAGCAGUGCCUGAAGACGAUGAAUCACAAAGGUCCGGUUACGAACGCCUUCAUAGUGCUGGCUCCAGCCAACAUGCUCAACCCAGAUGGGAAACCCAGCGUGCCUCUUCCUAAAUUCAGCAAGCACCUCUAUGGCACUGAAAGCACUGAUGAGCAGGGCAGCGAGGGAGUGACGCUGCGCCUCGGGCUGCACCAGCAGGAGUCUGGGGAGAGCUAUCUAGAGAAGGCUGAGAAGAUGUACUCUCAGAUGUGCUCAACGAGAGAAAAGAACCUGAUGGGAGACCAGGAACAUCUGACCAUCCAGGUGAGCGAGCUGGAAGAGGAGGUGAGCACCCUCCGGAAAAUCAACAAGAACCUCUUUGACUUCUCCGCUCGCAUCAUCACCAAGCCAGCCAAAUGAGGAGGCAGCCCCCAGCCCUCCCCCCGCCCCUCUGCCUCUCUCUGCCCAGCUCCUGGGGAAGAACAGCCAGCCCGUGGGCGCACGCAGACGGGCAAACACGUGUGGCUCGCAUCCUCACCAGCGCCUGUCAGGCCACGUAACACACCAAGGAGCGUUUGCCCACUCCCUCUGGCCUCCCUUUGACCACACAGGACUGAGAUGGGGCACGGGGGCCGUGGGGCUGCGUGUGGUCCCAGCUGGCUGCCUGCAGGAUGGCGCAGGGAUGGGGCUGAGCAGUGCAGCUGCAGCGCAGACAACUGCGGGCAGAGCGUCCCCGCCUGCGCUGCCCUUCAGGAUGCGGCUCCUGCUCUUCUCCUCUCUCUUCCCCUGGCCUUUUUAUUGUUUCUUUUUGUUACACGACCCUGCGGCGCAGACAGAAAAUUGGGUUUUUUCACCUCUCUGAAUGCCAGUUUGAGAUUGGAUUUUAGAGACACCUUCUGCCCACCCCUGGCUGGGAGAUGCUGCUCACUGGACCCUUUGCAUCCCCGACCCCGUUUGGGGCUCGGUUUUGCUCCCAUGCAGCGGGGGCUGUGCAGCUCCUGCCCUCUCUUGGGCACCCCCAGCCAUCAGUGGGGGCACUGAGCCUGAAGCUGUGGGCCCUGCGCCCCUCGGGGGGCUCUGUGUGUGUCUGGGCAGGGGAAGCAUGGUGCUAUUUCCGAUCUCGUACGUUGACAAUUUAUAUAUAUUUGGAUCCAGCUAUUUUGUUUUCCACGGUGUUCUGGGGAAAUCAGCCUUUUGUAUUGUCACUAGCAUGGCAGUGGGGGUGUUGUGGGUUUUCUUUAGGUUUAUUUUUUACAUAAAAGAUUUGUUUUUUAUAGUGAAAGGUGCCCGAG